AUGGGCCUUUCAAACCCGCCAUUAUUGGCCCUAUCCGCUGUCGCACUGGUCCUUGGGCUCGGAUUCUUUCUAACCAGCAAGCUUCUCACACGACGCAGGCCCAUCCCGGUCCCUGUAAAUGAGAAACCAGACCCCUUCCCGAGUUCCAUCGUAUUCCCGCCCUCCCGGCGCCACACCCUGGCCAGGCUCCUCCCCAGCUCCAAGAUCGCCACAAAGCAGAAUGUUAUCCCUCCGCAUGAGCUGCGGAGGAAGCAGCUCACUACGACUAAGGUGCAAGAUCUGGAUAAGCCGGACCAGUAUACGCCAACGGGGUUCUCCACCCAGGAAAUCAAGGCUAUGGGCCGCUUUCCGGACUAUUCGGUGCUCAGCGGCGUGGCGCACCCCCAACCGAGCCAUUCAUUCGACAUCUCCAAGGCAACGUUCCGGCCGUUUCGGCCGUUACGGUGGACGUAUCACCAGACCAUGGCCCUCAUGAAGCUCGAAACAGACUACUGGCUAGAACUAGAACACAACUACCACCGCCGCAUGAAACAGCGCCUUGCCCUCCUCGAGGAACACGGCGAAAAGGUUCUCUUCUGGUGUCCCGGUUCCGAGCUCGCCAGCCGCGAGCUCAUGGAAAUGGUGGUGCAAUUUUUGUGCAUCCGAUACCCGCACUACUUCCAGCUCGAGCAAAACAACACGGUCUUGCGCAACCGGUUGCUUGACACCGUUACCGAGAUUCCGUCCAUGCACCCGCUUCAGGUGUUGUUUAACAAUGUGCCCGAGGACUUUGCCGUCAUGUGCCGAAAUGAGGAGGAUGGACUGUACUAUUUGCGUAGCGCGAUGAUAUGUAGUUCGGUGGGCUGGAACAUUGGAUUGCAUAAGAACAAGGUGCUGAGGCGGAUUCAUGAUAACGUGCCACAGUGGGAGGAGAAGAUGGCGUUUUCUGUCGAUCGCUGGUUCACCAAACUCCCCGUCGACAGGCCCGGCCAGCGCUGCUCUUGGGGUAUCGAAGACUGGGAAGCCUUCUUCUGCCCAGAAACCCAUCCGCGCAGCGCCUUCGCCCACGACCCCUCCUCUUGCACCGUGAACGACCUGCAGCUACGCUGCGACUGGCAGACGCUCCGUCGGCUUCCCAUCUCAGGCUCCAUCAUCUUCAACUUCAAGGCCGUGUUUACGCCCUUCACGCAACUGAAGGACGAGCCUUACGUGCCGAGAUUGAUGCACACCAUUAUCACUCGUACGAGUCGCGAUUUGAUCACUUAUAAGAUGGAGGAACACGUCGAGAAGAUUGCGGUUGAGGCGCUGGAGAGCUGGGCUAGGAAACAGGAAGAGGAUGGGGUUGUGCCAAGGGAUUGGGAGGUGGGCACGCUGGAGGAGCAUCCGUAUUUUCCGGGGUGGAACAAGAAGGAAGAAGGGAUGCCGGUUUGUCCUGUCUUGGCUUGA